AUGAGGAGUAGCGAAACAAAAGUGAUUCGCCGAAAAAGGAAAAAAUUGAACGUUCUGCCAGGUCAAAGUGUUGAAGCCACAAAUGAUUCUGAUGAAAACAAUGAUGAUUCAAAUUCUGAAUCAUUAACUAUGGACCAACCAGAUGAACCUAAUGAUGAAGUUAAUGAUGUUACACAUGCUGUUGUUUCUGAUACAGAUGAAGAUGAUAAUGAUUCUGAAUGUUCUUUAAAUUAUCAACAAUUGGUUAAA